UAAUGCAAAGCAGCAAGUCUGUACCAGUGCGAACGAUCUGUUCCGACGAAACCGGCUGAACACCCCUACCUAUCAUACCGAUAUCGAUGACCCGAUAGGCGGCUACCUGGAACACCUCGCUUGGCGUCGCACCGCGUCCGCAUUUGAAUUAAACGACGCGCCGAAAAAAGGUGUUUGCCUCCGUCCUGUUUUUUUUUCCUUUCCGUGCUUUCGUCGUGAAGUAAGUGUCUAAAUUUGUGAUAGUGUAGUGUCAGUUGAAGUCGGAAAUUCGUGCCUUACACUUUCAGCUAGAUCCCGUUUGUUUUGAUUGUACAGCAGUGUUUUUUUUGUUCGGUAAAAGUCCCGUUGUUCGCCCUUUGGUUUUUUUGCAUCCAUAUUUUGGCAUACAUUUUUGCACCGAUUAUUUGCACGCUGCUAAAUCAUGGACUAUCGCAGCUGGCGGAAAGUCCUGCUCCAAUGGGUGAGCGAAUGCCAGUUCAUAGAGGCCAACUACAUCACACUGGAGCAGACGGACAUUGAGGCCUUCUUCGCGGUCUACGUGCAAAGGGCGCAGGCGGAGGCAGUGGUGCAGAAGGCGCUGCAGGCGGCGCAGAAGGUUCAGCGCAAGAAACAUCGCUCUCCCUUGCAGGCAUUCAUUAGAGAAAUCUACCCAGAGUUCUGUGCCCAUAUAAGUGGACGUGGGCAGCUGGUGGAGUCUGACUACCUGUACGUGUACACACUGCUCCUGCACUAUUCGUGCGUGAAGCAGCCCAGCGUGUUCUUCCACAGCAUUUGCAAGAAGCUGCCGGAGUUGAUGCAGACCUGCAUUGCCGCCUUGUUAAAUAGGACGGUGGAGCCGCAGCUGACGCGGGAGUUUCUACGGCAGACGAUUGCCAACGUGGCUAGCGUUUACCGAAUGGGCGUCCAAGACAGUCCGUGCCCUCCCAGCAGCUCCUCGAGCCCCAAUCUGCACGUUGAUGUCACACCGUCAUCCUCAUCCUCACCAGCUUCCCCUCAACCACAAAGCAGCACGCCGCGUAUGCACCACCACCGCGACAGGCAGCGGGAUUGCCUAGACCUCCAGAUGUCUGUCAACGAGAUGUCCGCUCCGUCGACCCCCAAGACGGAGCUCUUGGAUCGUCGCACCCAGGAGCUGCGCGGUUUUCGCUCUCAGCUGGAUAUGGAGCGCUACGAGAAGAACCUGCUCGAGGAGCAGAAUUUGGAGAAGGAUGCUCUCAUUAAAAGCCUGAAAAAAUCAUUGAAGUCGCUGGAGGCUAGAAUGGCCAAAAUGACGGAAGCCGCCCAAAUUUCAGACGAAGACGAAGUCGUGCCCAACUGCGGACCAAAUGAAUUUGAUCGCUUGAAACGAAGCCUCAUGAAGGAGAUCAGCCACAAGGAUGAAAUUAUAGCCGAGACCAACGAUAAGCUGCAGGAUUUGCACAAUGAAAAGUCCGAUAUGGCCGAAAAGCUCAAACAGUCGGCUGAACAACUGAUGGUAUGCAUGGACCGCGUGAGGGAGCUUGAAUUACGCCUGGAGGAUCUCAGCCUAACCCUAUCAAAGAAAGAUUAUACGAUCAGUAGCCUGGAGCGCGACAAACAGGAGCUGGAUCUGUGCCUUCAGGAGGCGCGCGAGGAGCUGCACAGCCGGCGCGAGGUGCUCAACUCAUCUUCCGAUCUGUUGACCUGUUCCUUGUCGCCGAACGUCACCCCGGAGAAUCUGGCCAGCUCUGUGAUCGACAAACAGCUGCGUGAGAAGGAGCACGAGAACAUCCGACUGAGGGAAGAGCUCCAGAAGCAGAACGAUUCGUUGCAUCAGUUAACCGAAUCUAUGGCCAGCCUCCUUAGGAAGCAUGAACCCGAUCAGGAUAAUUCUGCAACCUUGAUUACCAGCAUAACUGAUCUCGAGAGUGGACCCGUGAACGAGGUGGCCAAGAACUCUGAUCUGCAAGAGAAGUGCGACAAGCAGGCCUCGAAUCUCGAUAAACUUCUGGACAAAAGUCAGACACUCGCCGAAUGUCUGGAGAGCCAGCGCCAACAGCUUGCGGGGGCCAAGGCCAAGAUUGCUGAGCUGGAGCAGGAGGCUGUGCAAACAAACCGUAACCAUGCCAGCAAAUUGUCCAGCAUUCAACGGGAGUGCGAGGUGAAGCUGCUAGUGUUGCAGUCCGACCACAAAAUGGUAAUCCAAAGCCACGACGAGCUUAAAAAGAAGUUGCUCACGACGGAAUUUAACCUGGCCAAUAUUAGGGUACAGCUGGCGGUGAAAGAACAGCAGGCGGACAGAUUGAGUUCCGAAAUCUUGGAGGUGCGCGUCAGUAAGGAGUCCCUCCAAUGUGGCAUUGACAAAUUCGAUGCACAGAUCAAAGAAAUCGCUAAAAUUUUAGAGCAGGAGCAGCGCUGUGUGGAGUACUUGCGAGCCAAGUAUGCCCAGUGUCGGAACCAGCUAAUGUCUAGCAAUGCGGACAUGGGUCUGCUAUCCUGCCAGCUGGGCUCGCCCGACUGGCAGAGCACGCUUCAACGCAUCGACGAGCUUUGCGAGAUGAAGGAGCAGCACGAAGCCCUCAAACUUGAGCACGAGCAGAAGGUAAGCGAGGCAACGGAGCUGCGGAUUCGUCUAGAGCAGAGCGAGGAGCAGCACGAAGCCCUCAAGCUUGAGCACGAGCAGCAGGUGAGCGAGGCAACGGAGCUGCGGAUUCGUCUGGAGCAGAGCGAGGAGCACCACGAAGCCCUCAAGCUUGAGCACGAGCAGAAAGUGUGCGAGGCAACGGAGCUGCGGAUUCGUCUGGAGCAGAGCGAGGAGCAGUACAAAGCCCACAAGGUUGAGCACGAGCAGAAGGUAAGCGAGGCAACGGAGCUGCGGAUUCGUCUGGAGCAGAGCGAGGAGCAGCACGAAGCCCUCAAGCUUGAGCACGAGCAGCAGGUGAGCGAGGCAACGGAGCUGCGGAUUCGUCUGGAGCAGAGCGAGGAGCACCACGAAGCCCUCAAGCUUGAGCACGAGCAGCAGGUGAGCGAGGCAACGGAGCUGCGGAACCGUCUGGAGCAGAGCGAGGAGCACCACGAAGCCCUCAAGCUUGAGCACGAGCAGAAAGUGCGCGAGGCAACGGAGCUGCGGAUUCGUCUGGAGCAGAGCGAGGAGCACCACGAAGCCCUCAAGCUUGAGCACGAGCAGCAGGUGAGCGAGGCAACGGAGCUGCGGAUUCGUCUGGAGCAGAGCGAGGAGCACCACGAAGCCCUCAAGCUUGAGCACGAGCAGAAGGUGAGCGAGGCAAUGGAGCUGCGGAACCGUCUGGAGCAGAGCGAGAAGCAGCAUGAGCAGCAGGUGAAGGAGCUGAACACGAUCAGAAAACGAGAUGAGUUAAGCAAGCACAUUGUGGAGUUCACUGAGCAAAUCGAGUCCAGAAUACGUCAGCAUGAGGCGCAGCAUAAGAAUCUGCUUGAGCAGCAACGCAUAUCUCAGCAGGAGAAGGAGCAACUGCUCGAGCAGCAGCGUAAACUUGAGCAGGAGAAGGAGCAAUUGCUCGAGCAGCAGCGUAAGCUUGAGCAUGAGAAGGAGCAACUGCUCGAGCAGCAGUGCAAAUUUCAGCAGGAGACGGAUAGUUUCCUGGAGCGCAUCACGGGUCUCUUAAAUGAAGGCUACCCCGAAAUCUUCUCGCUUUUGGCGGAGGGAAAUAGCAAUCGCUUCCAAGAGGUUGAGUCGUGGCUUGAGGUGAUACUCGAGCAGCAAAAGAAAACAAACGACAGUCUUGAUGCGACAGUGAAAAAUCUGCUGGAUGACCUGGCCGUUGUAAAGCAGGAGCAUGCAGCUGUCAUCAGCGAGAGCCGGCAACGGGCUUUCAGAGCCAGCCGUGAGGAAGAGAAGCGAAAUGGUUUCAUCGCCUCCCUGGAGCUCACUGCCGACAAGCUGAGCACUGCACUCCAUCAAAAAGAUGCCCAGAUUGCCAGCAGCAGGCAGCAGGUGGCCCAACUGCAGCAGAAUCUUGAGGAGGAGCGAAGCAAUUUGGAGGAGGCGACCGGCCAGCUGGUAAGGGCUCAGGAGCAGCUGAAAUGCCACAGAUUGGAUGCCAUCAAGAUGGCAGCCGCCCUCAAAGCGCGUCUUCACAAAGCACAUCCAGGCUCCAGCCCUCUGAAAGGCGUCAAUGAAUGCAGUUUUGAGGAGCUUCGACAGCAUGUACACCAGUUUCUGAGCAUGUACGAUGAGGUGGAUGCCAGUCGCCAGAGCCUGGAGCUAAAGUACAGUAGGGCCACUUCCUUGGCCGAUCACCUCAAAGAGUCCAAGCUGCAUCUAGAGCAGCAAGUGGCUCAACUGCAGAACCAGAUGUAUGGCAGCGGUCAGGACAGUCCCAUGAUUAAGCAACUUAAGGACACCAUCGCCAACCUUGAGCUGGUGAACCAAAAGCUGAGCUCGGACCAUGUUGAGCUGCUUAACCGCCAAAUGGACAUGGAAACACUAAAAGCUAACCUGAUGUCCGAGUCCCAAAAAGUUGAAGAAAAACUGCAGAAGCAACUGAAGGCAGCAGAGGAUGAGGUCUCAAACUUAGAGCUCAAGUAUCAAGAGCAGAUUGAUGAAUUGAAAGCCGAGAUUGUUGAGCAGCGUUGCAAGAACCUCGAGAACGAGACGGCGGGGGAAAAGGAGGAUGUCCCACAGUUAAGCAAGGAGCAGGACACCCUAAUUGACAUAGAAAAAGUGGAGUUGAAAGGUAAACUGGAGGAAAAUGAGGCCAAGAUCCUGAAAUUGAAGGAGGAGCAUGAACAAGUGCUGAAGUCCGCGAAAAAAGAGUACGAACAGCGUUACAAGGAUCUCGAAACGCAACUAAAGGAGUCCUCGCAAUUGGCCCUGAACGCCAUUGCAAAGGAGUUGGAAGAGGUUCGCCUUCAGGAGCAGCAGCAUCGCGAAAUCAUUGCCAGCCACGUAGACGUAAUGGAAGAUCUACAUCAGUCCCAGCUCAAGGAGAAAUCCCUCAGCCAGACCAUUGAGACCUACAAGCAGUUGUUGACCGAUAUGUGUAAUGAAUUAAACGGGACUAAGGAUGCGCGAUUGGAGAGAGAAAAGGAGGUUGACAAUCUGAAGGCGCAUAUAAAACAGAUGGAAACGGAAUACCAAGAUAAGAUUGAGCAGUUAAAGCAGUCUAAGACCCCGACGAAACAACAGAAGUUCCAAGGUAAACUGGAGGAAAAUGAGGCCAAGAUCCUGAAAUUGAAGGAGGAGCAUGAACAAGUGUUGAAGUCCUCGAAGGAAGAGUACCAACAGCGUUACAAGGAUCUCGAAACUCAACUAAAGGAGUCCUCGCAAUUGGCCCUGACCGCCAUUGAAAAGGAGCUGGAAGAGGUUCGCCUUCAGGAGCAGCAGCAUCGCGAAAUCAUUGCCAGCCACGUAGACGUAAUGGAAGAUCUACAUCAGUCCCAGCUCAAGGAGAAAUCCCUCAGCCAGACCAUUGAGACCUACAAGCAGUUGUUGACCGAUAUGUGUAAUGAAUUAAACGGGACUAAGGAUGCGCGAUUGGAGAGAGAAAAGGAGGUUGACAAUCUGAAGGCGCAUAUAAAACAGAUGGAAACGGAAUACCAAGAUAAGAUUGAGCAGUUAAAGCAGUCUAAGACCCCGACGAAACAACAGAAGUUCCAAGGUAAACUGGAGGAAAAUGAAGCCAAGAUCCUGAAAUUAAAGGAGGAGCAUGAACAAGUGUUGAAGUCCUCGAAGAAAGAGUACGAACAGCGUUACAAGGAUCUCGAAACAAAGCUAAAUGAGUCUUCGCAAUUGGCCCUAAACGCCAUUGCAAAGGAGCUGGAAGAGGUUCGCCUUCAGGAGCAGCAGCAUCGCGAAAUCAUUGCCAGUCACGUAAACGUAAUGGAAGAUCUACAACAGUCCCAGCUCAAGGAGAAAUCCCUCAGUCAGAGCAUUGAGACGUACAAGCACAUAUUGACCGAGACGUGUAAUGAAUUAAACUGGUCUAACGAUGCGCGAUUGGAGAGAGAAAAGGAGGUUGACAAUCUGAAGGCUCAUAUAAAACAGAUGGAAACGGAAUAUAAAGAUAAGAUUGAGCAGUUAAAGCUGUCCAAGACCCCGACGAAACAUCAGAUGUUCCAAGGAAAACUGGGGGCAAAUGAAGCCAAGUUCCUGGAAUCGAAGGAGAAGCAUGAACAGCGUUACAAGGAUCUCGAAACUCAACUAAAGGAGUCCUCGCAAUUGGCCCUGAACGCCAUUGCAAAGGAGCUGGAAGAGGUUCGCCUUCAGGAGCAGCAGCAUCGCGAAACUAUUGCCAGCCACGUAAACGUAAUGGAAGAACUACAUCAGUCCCAGCUCACGGAGAAAUCCCUCCGCGAGACCAUUGAGAACUACAAGCAGUUGUUGACCGAGACGUGUAAUGAAUUGAACGGGUCUAAGGAUGCACGAUUGGAGAGAGAAAAGGAGGUUGACAAUCUGAAGGCACAUAUAAAACAGAUGGAAACGGAAUACCAAGAUAAGAUUGAGCAGUUAAAGCUGUCUAAGACCCCGACGGAACAACAGAAGCUUAUUGACAACUCCGCGGAAGAGUUGCUCAGUCUACGGACUCAGCUUCAGGAUGGACAGGAAGAGCUGUCCAAUGCCAAUGAUUUCCAGGUGGAGCAGCAGAUGGCAGAAGUUGAGACGCAUAGGCUGCAGGCUAAGCUUCAGGAAGAGCAUAAGCUUACGGAUCAACUCAAAGCCCAGCUAGAAGAGAAACAAAAGGAGCUGCGCUCUGCAGAAGUUGAGAUGCACAGUCUGCAGGCUAAGCUUGAGGAAGAGCAUAAGCUUACGGAUCAACUCAAAGCCCAGCUAGAUGAGAAACAGAAGGAGCUGCGCUCUGCAGAAGUUGAGUUGCAUAGCCUGCAGGCUAAGCUUCAAGAAGAGGUUCGCCUCCAGGAGCAGCAGCAUCGCGAGACCAUUGGCAGCCACGUAGACGUAAUGGAAGAUCUACAUCAGUCCCAGCUCAAGGAGAAAUCCCUCCGCCAGACCAUUGAGACCCACAAGCAGUUAUUGACCGAGACGUGUAAUGAAUUGAACUUGUCUAACGAUGCGCGAUUGGAGAGAGAAAAGGAAAUUGACAGUCUGAAGGCUCAUAUAAAACAGAUGGAAACGGAAUACAAAGAUAAGAUUGAGCAGUUAAAGCUGUCUAAGACCCCGACGGAACAACAGAAGCUAAUUGACAACUCCGCGGAAGAGUUGCUCAGUCUACGGACUCAGCUUCAGGAUGGACAGGAAAAGCUGUCCAAUGCCAAUGAUUUCCAGGUGGAGCAGCAGAUGGCAGAAGUUGAGACGCAUAGGCUGCAGGCUAAGCUUCAGGAAGAGCAUAAGCUUACGGAUCAACUCAAAGCCCAGCUAAGAAGAGAAACAGAAGGAGCUGCGCUCUGCAGAAUUGAGAUGCACAGUCUGCAGGCUAAGCUUGAGGAAGAGCAUAAGCUUACGGAUCUACUCAAAGCCGAGCUGGAUGAGCAACGGAAUGAGCUGCGCUCGGCAAGGGUUCAACUGCAAAGCGAUGCAAGUCGCACGGAGCAGAUGCUCAAUGGGCAGGCCGAGGAGCUGGCUCGAGCAAAGGCGGCUCUCGAGUCACAGGCCGCCGAAGUCUCGGCUAAAUUGGAGGCCGAGAGGAAGUCUGCGCAGCGGGAGAUCUAUCUAGUCAAGGAGCGAAUGACAAAGGCAGAGCGCGAGCACAAGGUACAACUGGCCACCCUCGAGGACGAUCUGUCAACGUUGUCGGAGCGCCAAACUCAGACGGAAGCAGACCGUGCCAUCGCCCAUGAGCGGAUUAUCGAGCUGGAGAAUAAACGCUUAAUAAUGGAGAAGGAUAUCAGCAUGCUGAACGAGCAGCUCGCAGAAUUCGACAAGUUGUCGACCCGCUUGAACAGUGAAAUUGCCCAGCAAAAGAAACAGCUAGCAGAUCGGAAUGCCCAGGUGAAGAGUUUGGAGUAUCGCCUGCACGUGGAAGCUGAUAUGCUCACUGAGGCCCAGGAGAGGCUGGCCAAGGUCACCGCCAGACUUGCCGAAGUCGAGCAGGCCAACCAGAUGUCCGCCUCCCAGCAGGCGGAGUUGCAGCAACGUCUGGAGGCGGAGAUGGCAGACCGUGAACAGGACCGACAAGAGCUGGUGGAGAUCACCAACCAGCUAGCCGAUGUUCAGCAGCAACUGGACGGCACACGGCUCGUCCAAGAGGCCCAGCACCUCAAAUUCGUGGAGAGGACGCGCGAGAGUGCAGAGCCGGCGGAAGUCACUAGCUUUAAGCGCUGCCUGAUGAAACUCGAAGAGCACCUGGCCAAAAGUAACCAGAAGCUGGACGAGAUGCGUGCCGCCAAUGAAAGUCAGAUGACACAACACGGUCCGAGUGAUCUCGGCGCCACCUACAGCAAGUCGGAUGUGGCCGAAUCGGAUGCCAAUAAGGAGGAUGCGGUGCUCAGAAACAACCAGCUGGCGCUGGACUGCCAGAUCCUGCAGGCCAAGUACCGCGAUGCCAAGGACGAGAUCCAGCGCUGCGAGCAGAAGAUGAAGGACCAGCGUCUGGAGAUGGAGGGCAAGCUGGACAAGAUGAAGACCAAGAUGCGCUCCUUGUACACGGCGGAGGUGACCCGCAUGAAGGAGAAGCAGGAGCGGGACGCAGCCAGCAGCGCAGCGGAGCUGGAGGCCCUCACAGCCCAGAAUGCCAAAUACGAGGAGCACACACGCAAGCUGUCCAACCAGAUUGUCCGCCUUAACGAGAAGAUCCUGGAGCAGCAGAAGCAGCACGCGAUUAUCAGCACCAAGCUGCGCCAUCUGCAGAUGCAGCCCGUCAGCGAGCCACCAAAGCCAUCCACCGCGACGACGAUUACGGUUUCGUCCACGUCCAGCUCAUCGGCGGCUAACGAGGACUGGCAGCCCUUCAAGCGGCCCAGUGCUCCCUCCUCCAAUCUGGCCAUGGAAGACGAAGAGGGUGAGGUCUUCAACAAUACUUACCUGACGGAUCUGAAAUUGGGCCGUGUUCCCGACAUGACGGCCGAGGAGCUGAUUUAUCGGAACUCGUUGCAGCCGCCGCACCUGAAGAGCACAUAUGCGGCCCAGUACGAUCUGGGCAGCCAGGACGAAGAUCUCAAAGACGGACCGCACAGUUUGGAUGACAGCAUGAGCGCCCUGCUGAGCUCUUCGAGUACUGGAACGCGCAAGAAGACGAUGGGCACCCAUUACAAGCGACCAGGGCCGCCCACACCGAGCAAGAACGGCGGACGACUGUCCUUUGGCAGCUCGGAGCCACCGCGGGAGAUCCUGCGAGAGUUCGGCGACCACAAUAACACCUCCAAGACGCCGGCGCGCUUCAAGUUUCUCACCCAGCGUUUCAGCGUUGGCAGCAGCACUCUGCCCCGGGACGAGCUGCCGCAUCGCAAGCGGUCGAAUCUACUGGCCGGGAUACAGCGUCGCAAAUUACGCCAGGCGGUGGGCUUGUUUUGCACCUCCACGCCCCGCAAGAGUCGCUCCUACUACGAUCAGCAGCGUCUGAUCCGCGCCAGCGAUGCGGACACCUCUUCGGCAGAUGCCGCCGCCACGGGGGAGGAGGAGGAGGAGCAGCAGAAGCAGCAGAAGCAGCAGGAGCAGCAGGAGGCGGAGAUGGAUGAAGGGAACCAGGAGGGCACUCCACAUCUGUCCACGGCAGCACUGUUGGCCCUGACCAAGGGCAACACCCGCCGUCUUACCGGCCCAUCUUCCAAACUGCGGAAUGGCCGCGUUUCACUCUGCCUGCACGGCAACAUUUUCGCCAAAAGCUCGAGGCCAGCUGUGCCUGGCAAGCGGAUGCAGCAGCACCGGAGGCUGCGCCAGGAGCGGAUGGGUCGCUUCGAUCAGGCCCGUCACCUCGACCAAAUACGUCUCUCCGUCAAUCUCUCCUCCUAUGCGGCUGACAGUUCCGAAUCCUCCCCCCCAGACAAUAACAACUACAGUCUGCACAAUCGCAACGAUGAGCAUGCGGUGCCGCCCAGCCAGUUCCUAAUGGGCCAAACUGUAGUGCUGGAUAAGCGCAGGGAACCGCCCGUGUCCGCCACUUUCUGUGUGGAUGCGGAUGUGGAUGUGGAUGUGGAUGUGGAUGAGGUAGAGGUGCAGCACAGCGAGACGUGGCAGCUGCUGCAGCAGUUUGAGUCCGAAAAUCUGGCCACAAGCUGGGCCUCGCAAGGUGGGCAGAUGGAGGAGCCGUCGGAGGACGGGCGGUUCGAGCAGCUGUGCCAGGAGACAGAGUGCUCGGCGCCUUUUCAACUGCAGCCGCUUAUCUACGAGCCAGUUGGUGGUGGAGAAGUACCGCCCCAGAACCGGCUGCAAUUAGAAACCGCCUCGAGCAGCAACAUCACCGGCGGAAGCUGCAGCACCACGGCCAACAUGACCAGCACCUCAUCGCGCCAAUCCUGCACGGUUUACUCCUUUGGCAGUGUGCACAUGCAGCCGAUGCCGCACAUCAAUAUCACCUAUGUCCAGCCGACUGCCACGCAGCUGCCGCCCGGGUCGCCGCUCAACCGCUCGCUGUGGACACGGACCAGACGCCGACUGCGGCAUCUGAGUUCCGGCCAGCGGAUGAUCGUGGGCUUGGCGCUGCUCCUCAUCGUGGCACUGGGCUGCCAGCUGGCGGACUUGGUGGUGGUGGCGCUCACCACCGCAUUCACUGUUUUGGGCCUGGUCCUACUCGCAAUCUAAGUUUUUCGAUCGCAAGCCAAAGCAAUGGAAAUCGCACAAAUCUCAUUUGCUUGUUAAUUUGUUUGUGUAAUCUAAAUGUCUUGUUCAUUUGCAGAACUCGCCGCCCAAAAGACGCCUCAGCAACAUGUUUAAACGCAAGUAGGCGUUUCGCACUAUUAGAUACUAAAGUCUCAGCGGGAACUACUUAUAUUUAUUACACAUUUUCGGAAAAAAACAAACUGACCUCUCGAAUACAGGUUUCAAAAUUUCUAAUCUUGAUUUAUUAUUUACGUUAUUUUGUAUCUUAUGUUCGAAAGGUAAUUUUAGUUUCCAAAAAUCAAAAACAAAUAAGUUUAAAAAUAAAUUGUUAUAUGUAUAUAUUCACGAAAAUGCACAAACUUCGUGUAUUUUUUUACGAAAAAGAAAUGAACAAUUCUUAAUGUUAAUUCCUUUGCAUAAGCAGUCCGAAAAGUCUCUGCAACUACAAGAAACUAUACCUUAUUUCGGAAAAAAAAUUAAACUCUCGACUACAUGUAUCAAAUUUUUCUUAAUUAUUUAAUUAAUUAUUUAUGUUAAGCCGCUUUUUUUUUUUGAUAUUAAUAUAAUUUAAUCUUGUCAACGAGGCAAACAUCAGAUGAAAAAUAAAUUUAUAUAUGUACAUAUUCACGAAAA